AUGCGCAGCAACAUUCAGUAUGACAACAAAAUGCCGUCGGCUUCAGACAGUUUAUCAGCCGCAGCUCAAGAAGAAAAACCCCACCAUUACAUGUAUCUGAAAGAGUUUCGAACCCAGCAGUGCGAGCUCUUUCUCCAGCACAAAUGUCAACAACACAGACCUUUCACUUGCUUUAACUGGCAUUUUCUCAAUCAGAGACGGAGAAGACCUGUAAAGAAGCGGGACGGGACGUUUUCAUAUAGUCCUGAUAUCUACUGUACUAAAUAUGACGAGACGACAGGAAUAUGUCCCGAUGGAGACGAGUGCCCAUUCCUGCACAGAACAGCUGGUGAUACAGAGAGGAGAUAUCAUUUGAGAUAUUACAAAACAGGUACUUGUGUGUACGAAACCGAUUCAAAGGGUCACUGCACAAAGAAUGGUCCCCACUGUGCCUUUGCGCACGGUAUUCACGAUGUGCGUCCACCAGUCUACGACUCUACAGAGAUGCAGCCUUCAAUGGAGAUUGUAAAGUUGUCAACUUCACCAGGUACUUCAGAGAAAGACCGGGUACUUGCAGAGGAUCCUAGAUGGAAUGAUACAAACUUUGUGCUUGCUAACUAUAAAACUGAGCCUUGCAAGCGGCCACCACGAUUAUGUCGACAGGGCUAUGCCUGUCCUCAGUUUCACAACACCAGAGACAGGAGAAGAAGUCCGAAGCAGUUUAAAUAUCGGUCCACACCAUGUCCCAAUGUCAAACAUGGGGAUGAGUGGGGUGACCCCACACAGUGUGAGAAUGGGGAUAGCUGCUCCUACUGCCACACACGGACUGAACAGCAGUUUCACCCAGAGAUCUACAAAUCUACCAAGUGUAAUGACAUGGUUCAGACAAAUUCGUGUCCCAGAGGGGCAUUUUGUGCUUUUGCUCAUGUAGAACAGGAAAUAACGUCAGUCAGAGACAUUUUGUCCAGCUUAACCAACAAUUCUUUAGCAGCUUUUGUGACGAGCAUUUUGCCACAGCCGGAAAUAUCAAAUAAAAUGGAGUCUUUCUCUUCUCUCUCCCAGAAGAACGAUGCUAAUGGCAAGGAUAUAAACGGCAAGGAUGAUACAAAAUUGCCAAACCCCAUAGGGAAGGAGAGGUCCAGCAGUACAUCCUCACAACCUGGUUCACUGCCUAUAAGUUUACUGUCGAACAACAAUGGAAAUAGCUACCUGAACAGUCUUUUCGACCCAUUCAUGAGAACUAGGUCUUCUAGCGUCAGUUCUGACUACAACAUAUCCCCGCUGUAUAUGAGAGCUCCCGGCUAUGAGAGGGAUGAAUACCAACUGAAAUUACGCCAGCAGCUUUUGGCAAUUGAGAAGGAUUUGAGCUUAGACUUGGCUGAAAAGACGAGACGGAAAGAAAAUCUGCUGCUGCUGCAUCAAAUGGGACUGUACAGCCAACUUGGCAACAGCUUGGCCCUGACACAGAGUUCCACUGUGAUGUCUCCACUGGCCCCAGCCUUCUAUCCUCCUGGAGAUUGUGUGGAGUCUGUGCUGGGUAAAGCCUUUGAUGAGGUACACUUGGAAGACCUAGACAUCAGCAGCUUGGAGAGAGAGCUGGAUAAAGACAUGGACAAUAACUCUGUCAGCAGCUCCCUCAGCGCAGGCCUGUCAACCUCCGGCUGCUUCAGCAACAACUCCUCGGUACCUAUAGGCAUUCCUCCCAGCAACAUCACCCAGCGAGGAAGCAUCAGCAGUCUGUCGCAGUCGCCGCCCUCACCCUUCGGAAGUUUCCCUCUUGGUCUGAUGCAGAAGCAUGACUCCAAUGAUCAUUCGUCAUCCCCGCUGUUUAGCUGCUACUCUGGAGGGGUCAGUAAGUGUCCCAUGGGAUCAAAUCUGAGCGACACCAACUCAAUGUCUCCCAGGAGUGCCGGACCCCAGUCUCCGAUGCUAUCUGGAUCGUUCACAUCAAACCAUCAGAACGGAGAAGUUCACAAACUCCGCGAGGAGCUGCUGAUGACAAAAUCUAAGAUGGCCGAAUGGGAAGGAGUUUACAAUCAGGCCAAAUGUGCCUGUGAAGCUUGGAAAAAGGAGGCAGAAGAUGCUAACAAGAAGGCCAGGGUUGCGGAAGAUGAAAAACAGCAGGCUGUUAAACAGAAAGAAGAGGUGUUGAACCAGAACCUCCGCAUGCAGCAGCUGAUCUCCAUGGCAGGUGGCCCUUAUAUCUACGCUCUGUCCAGGAACAGUGAACUAGACAAGCUCGGCGUACAGCAGCUGCAGCACCUCAGGCUUCAGUUGCAACAAGAUGUGGACACCCUGGAUAAGGUACUUCAGCAGAAGAUGCAGAGAAAAGUUUGA